AUGGUUCGGCAUACGCAACGCAUGUCCCAAUCAACACAGCUUCUGGUGCUGGACACAUUCUUCGGUGGAAGUACCCGUUGCAAAACCGUUACGGAUACACAGACACCAACCCACACGAACUUUGGUUCUCAGACAACGAUUGUCGAACACCUGAAGGCGUCUCACUCAACUCUUUUUGAAAACAGGCAGGAUACUGGGAGACGGCGAAGAACUGGUUUUACCGUCAUUAUGGCAGGAUACUGGGAGACUGCAAAGAACUGGUUUUACCGACAUUAUGGUUACCAGCGCCAAACGUUGAAACCAUAUUAUGAGGUGAAAGAAAUCUUCAUGCAUCCGGAGUUUCGUGAGUUACGUUUGCAUGCCUUGUCUAUUUUCAUCAACAAGUUACAAAAUGGGCUCUACAAAGAUAUUGCGCUUGUGUACCUGAAAGAAAGUGUACCAUUCAAGGCUGUACCAGGCUUUGCUCCACUCAGACUGCCAAAACACACUCCUACUGGGGUAUGGCCACCCCCUGGCUCGGGGCUCUACAAAGAUAUUGCGCUUGUGUACCUGAAAGAAAGUGUACCAUUCAAGGCUGUACCAGGCUUUGCUCCACUCAGACUGCCAAAACACACUCCUACUGGGGUAUGGCCACCCCCUGGCUCGGGUGACAGUGGCGGUCCACUAGUGUGCCCUUCGGUUGAUGGCAAAGAAAUAUUGGCGGGAGUAGCCAAUUCUGGAAACCUAAAUGGCCCGUCAAUCUUCACUGGCGCCUCUCAUUUCAGAACGUGGAUCGAUUCGGUAUUGCGUUAUCACCAUACUCUGGAAUGA